AUGGCACCCUCCGCGCUCGUUGCCCUCGGGUCAUGGAAAGAGGAAAAGCGCGUCACAUCCUCCAGAGGCCCCAAUGACGGCCCAGAGACCGAAGCUCUAGUGUCGCCCCCCAGCCCCGCGGUUCCAGAUUACGAUCCUACGGUCGGUGCAAAGCCAUACUCACCGUUUUAUCGCCAUGCGACGCAAAACUUCUCCACGCAGACCCCGAAUCCCACCCUGAAAGUACCCAAUGCCAAUGAACUGGAAAACGGCGUCAGUGCAUAUCGACGAUCCGGGGAGUCGGACAAUCGCCGCAGUUCGAAGCUCUGGACGGAGAAGAAGAGACAUUGUGACUGGCUGAGGGCAAUGCCGAAGAAGCAGAGAAUAGCUGUGAAGGCGGUCAUUGCCAUUGCGAUAGUAGGGACGAUGGUAGCUAUUGCUCUGGGCAUUACGGCGGCGGUUGGGGGAGGAGUGUGGAAGUCCAAUCACCAACAAGGGUCUAUUGGAUCCUGA